UGCUAGGCAAACAAAAAAAAAAAAGCGGCAUUAAUAAACUUUAUAUUAGAUUCAUCUAAUUGGUGCCUGUACAUAAGUUACCCGACCACAAGCUCUGCACCUUUUCCUCCCAAGGGAAGAGAGGAAGUUUAACCCUUUAAAAUAAAAUUUUUAAAAAGGGCCUCAUAUUGAAAUGGAGACGGAGGACAUACAAAUAAGUCAGAUGGAAAGUGCCUCCAUUUUCAAGAAAACUAAUCUUCCUGUCACUCUCAAGUUUGAAAAUGUUGUGUACAAGAUUAUGCCCAAGACUGAAGGUAUGUUGAAAAAUUCCUCGAAUUCAGAAGAAGAGAAAAUAAUCUUGAAGGGGAUAACCGGUAUAGUUUUCCCUGGUGAAAUGCUGGCGAUGUUAGGCCCAUCGGGGAGUGGUAAAACGACUCUGUUAACAGGGCUAGGAGGGCGGCUGAGUGGCCGGCUUGAUGGCAAUAUAACUUAUAAUGGAAAGCCCUUCAAAAAUUCCAUGAAGCGUUACACUGGAUUUGUUACUCAAGACGAUGUUUUGUACCCUCACUUAACUGUCACGGAAACACUUGUAUUCACUGCCUUGCUUCGCUUGCCUAAAACCUUAUCACACAUUGAAAAGAUCGCGCAUGCUGAGGGUGUAAUUUCACAAUUGGGGUUGACGAAGUGCAAGGAUAGUAUUAGUGGAGGUCCAUUGUUGAGAGGUGUUUCUGGUGGUGAGAGGAAAAGAGUCAGCAUUGGGCAAGAAAUGCUUAUUAAUCCGAGUUUGUUGUUUUUGGAUGAACCAACAUCGGGCCUUGAUUCAACAACCGCUCAAAAGAUUGUGUCGACUUUGUGGGAUUUAGUGAAUGAUGGAAAGACAAUUGUGAUGACAAUACACCAGCCUUCUAGUAGACUGUUUUACAUGUUCCACAAAGUGUUGUUGUUAUCGGAAGGAAAUCCAUUGUACUUUGGCAGAGGUGAAGAUGUUAUGGGAUACUUUUCGCGCAUUGGAUAUUCACCUUUAGUCGCUAUGAAUCCCUCCGACUUCUUGUUAGAUCUUGCAAACGGCAUUGUAGAUGAUCCACAAGAAGAUCAAGCAUCGAUAAAGCAAACUUUAGUAAGCGCUUUCAAAAACAAUCUGUUGGAUGGAGUGAAGGAAGAAUUGCGAAAAUAUGAUGACAGUCAAGUUCAUGAUAAAUUACAGGAAGGCAAAUUCAAUCAAUGGGCAAACUCUUGGUGGCAGCAAUCCGCGGUGUUGUUUAGGAGAGGAAUGAAAGAGCGAAAACACGACUCCUUUUCAGUCCUCAAGGUUGGACAGGUCAUAGCGGUAUCCAUCUUGUGUGCAUUGUUAUGGUGGCGUUCCAGCGAAAUACAAGAUCAGAUUGGGCUCUUGUUCUUUUACUCUCAGUUUUGGAGCUUCUAUCCUCUCUUCCAAGCUAUAUUUACGUUCCCACAAGAAAGAAUGAUGCUGGAGAAGGAACGAUCCUCAGGGAUGUAUCGACUCUCUUCAUAUUUCAUGUCAAGAAUUAUUGUUGAUCUUCCAAUGGAACUAGUACUUCCAUCUGUUUUCGUCAUCAUAACAUACUGGACAACAGGCCUAAAACCCUUCGCGCUCAACUUCUUCUCUACCUUAUUCACCCUCCUCUUUAGCGUACUAGUCUCUCAAGGCCUCGGACUUGCACUUGGUGCAUUGGUCAUGGAUCAAAAAUCAGCAACAGUACUCGGUUCAGUUAUCAUGCUAUCGUUCACCCUAGUAGGCGGAUACUUUGUUCACCAUGUUCCUAUAUUCAUUAGCUGGAUAAAAUACAUAUCGGUUUGCCAGUAUACGUUCAAGCUCUUAGUAGGGGCACAGUUUCAAGCCGGGGAAACAUAUACCUGUGGCAUAAAUGCAACUUGUUACGUGCAAGAUUCCCCUGCGAUUAAGGCUGUAGGGCUCGGAGAUACAGCGAUAUCAAUUGUUGCAUUGGCUAUAAUGCUUGUGGCAUAUAGGUUCUUGGCUUAUUUAGCACUUGUGAGAAUUGGUGUGACAAAAAAAUAGAUAUGGAUUUUUUCUUCACAUUUGCUAGUCCAAUCUAUUUCAGAGUUAGUGAUGUUAAGAUAUUAUCUUUACCUUAGUUUAUGUUUUAUGUUACUUAGAUACAAGGUAGAAUGGCAUGAAGAUGCUAAUGAAAAUUAGCAUGGUGAACCAAUUGUAAUUUUUGAUUUGUCAUCAAAUAAUACAUUUGGGACA